AUGAUCUGGGACUGGAGUGCGGCGCACACGGCGGCCACCGUCACCCACACGAUUGUUCCGCACAUUACAGCAUACCCUGAUGGAAGCUCUGUCACGAACAACGAGACAGUCCUUGCAACAGCUACACUACCUAAUAAUGUCACCGCGAGCAGCACGAUCGUAGUCAGCGGCUUCACCAUGACUUACCCGUCGAUAUGGGCCCAGUACUCCAGCUUCUACUCUGGCGACUGCGCAGUGAGCACAAGCACAGACGUCAUCCCGGAAUUCACACAAACAUUAACCCAGAUCGGCGACGAACCAUCCUGGACCAGCACCGAAGUAUACCCUGAACGAACACAGUUAUACACCAUCCAGACCGGAAAGCAUGUCACGAUGCCAGCUACUGCUGACCCCGCACGGUUCUUCUACCGUGCCGAGGGCUGGAACUACGACGGCAACAGCCCUGCGACGGUCACGCCGCCGAUGCUGGAGUACCUAGCAGGCCUGCAGACAGUGUGGGAACAGAUGAGCGGACAGGACGUGAGGACGUGUAUCUUCCCGACGUGUGCGCCGACGGCCGUCGGGCACAAGAUGGUCUCGGCUACUGUGCUGGUGGAGUCAACCCAAGUCGCAUCGGCCGUAUACUACAAUGCUCCCACCACCAGCGACGGAAUUCCAGCACUGCCGAGUAGCACGCCGGAGACGACCUCGCCUACCACGCCGCCCCCACCGCCGCCGGUUUCGACACCCGAGAAUACGCCGCCUACAGGGCAGCAGCCACCCUCGCAGGUGCCUGACACCCCCGAGGCGCCGGCUCCGACUCAGAGCUCGGUAGAGGUUGUGAUUAUCUCCACAGGUGGUUCUGACGAGGCAAUCGCAACCAUCACAACUGCAGUGGCAGGUGGGAAUCAGGCAGUACCGGAGACGACAUUUGUCCGUACGACGACUAUCGACGGACAAGCGCAGGAACAGACUGUGGUCUCUCCAGUGCCAGUCGCCACUCCUCCGGGAGAAGUGACCUUGAUACGGGAGGUCACCUCAAACGGGCAGGCACUUACAGAGACCAUCGUCUCCGUGUCUGCAGCUCAGACCUCAAAGGCGUCAGAAGAGACCAUUGUGACCACAAUCACGGGAUCCGACGGCGCCCUGGCAACCCAAAGCAUCAUCUCCAUCCGCCCUGGCGUUGGUCCUCAACCGUCCGAGGCGACACUCGUCAGGACGGCAACACUAGACGGCACUCCGGUGGCCCAAACCAUCGUCUCCAUCUCCGCCGCAAACCAAGGCGGCAACGACUCAGGAGACAGGAUCACAGGCGCGCCGGGUACCCCGGCCCAAGAGACAGUCACCAGGACGAUCGUCUCCGACGGGCAGACAUAUGUGCAGACCCUUAUCUCGCCGGUGGAGACCGGAAGCUUGCCUGGCGAGACUACUUCCGUCAGGACGACUACCUCGGAUGGCACGACACUCGUGCAGACUGUCGUGUCGCAACUUCCUAGCGGCGGUGCAGGUGGCAACGCGGGUGGGCAGGGCUCGACGACAUCGGCCACAAGUGGUUCGGCAUAUUCUGGACCCGCUGUUGUCAGCGAGGGACCUGCGCUGAAUGCUUUUGCUGGGAAAGGUUUGGCAGUCAUGGCUGUGGUCGUCGCGGCUGGGCUUCUUUUUGGAUUGUAG